GAGGCUCAUUCGCCAUUUUAUGACUCGGGAGUCGCUUUGUUGAAGUCGAACCAGCGCUUCAUGACUGUGAAUUUGAAGUAAAUUUAGAGCUAGGCUGAUUGCGAGAAGUUAUAUCGGCAAGGACGGCAAAUAGCAUAGGAACUAGCCAUCUGAAAAUAGUGACAUUCUUCUUGACUAGCUAGCGUUGACUCUGUGGUUAGCAUAGCUAGGCUAACAGCUUUAGCAAGCAACGGCUCAAGAAACUUCGAUCAAUCGACGAAAUAAAAUUCUCUUAAUUUGAUAUUAUCAAACUACAACACUGACGACCACCGUGCAAGACUCGAAGACCGAGGAGAUGGCGAGCUCCGUGGGAAAUGUGGCUGACAGCACAGGGUUGGCCGAGCUGGCGCACAGGGAGUACCAGUCGGGUGACUUUGAGGCUGCCGAGCGCCACUGUAUGCAGCUGUGGAGGCAGGAGCCCGACAACACGGGCGUGCUACUGUUGCUCUCCUCCAUCCACUUCCAGUGUCGCAGGCUCGACAGGUCUGCCCACUUCAGCACCUUGGCCAUCAAGCAGAACCCUAUGCUUGCUGAGGCCUACUCCAACCUGGGCAACGUGUACAAGGAGCGCGGCCAGUUGCAGGAGGCUAUAGAGCACUACCGCCACGCCCUGCGGCUGAAACCAGACUUCAUCGACGGGUACAUCAACCUGGCAGCAGCCCUGGUGGCAGCGGGGGACAUGGAGGGAGCCGUCCAGGCCUACGUUUCAGCCCUACAGUACAACCCUGAUCUGUACUGUGUCCGUAGCGACCUGGGGAACUUGCUCAAAGCCCUGGGGCGUUUGGAAGAGGCGAAGGUGCCCUGGCUGAAACACGGAUCACUAGGGCAGCAUCAGUCCUCAACCACCAGCUGCUGAGGUUGCCGCCCGCCCCUCUGACAAACAAUAUGGUAACGGGUUUGUAACUGCCAGCGAGAGAGAAACCAUGAACUACUACGUUAUGCCUGAGCAAGAAGCUCCUCUGUCUUGUGGCAGAGACUCUGAAGAGCAGAGAAACAAAACAAGAAAAGUUAAACAAACAAAAACACACACAAAAAGAAGUACAGCGUGUUACCUGAAGGCUAUUGAGACUCAGCCCAACUUUGCGGUGGCGUGGAGCAACCUGGGCUGUGUGUUCAACGCCCAGGGAGAGAUAUGGUUGGCCAUACACCACUUUGAGAAGGCUGUGACUCUGGAUCCCAACUUCCUGGAUGCCUACAUCAACUUGGGCAACGUUCUGAAAGAGGCUCGCAUCUUUGACAGAGCGGUGGCUGGCUACCUGCGUGCCCUCAGCCUGAGCCCCAACCACGCCGUCGUCCACGGCAACCUGGCGUGCGUCUACUACGAGCAGGGUCUUAUCGACCUGGCUAUCGACACGUACCGCCGCGCCAUCGAGCUACAGCCCCACUUCCCUGACGCCUACUGUAACCUGGCCAACGCCCUCAAGGAGAAGGGCAAUGUAUCCGAGGCUGAGGAGUGUUACAACACGGCCCUGCGUCUGUGUCCCACCCACGCAGACUCUCUCAACAACCUGGCCAACAUCAAGAGGGAGCAGGGCAACAUCGAGGACGCCGUCCAGCUCUACAGGAAGGCCCUGGAGGUGUUUCCAGAGUUUGCUGCGGCCCACUCUAACCUGGCCAGCGUUCUGCAGCAGCAGGGGAAACUCCAGGAGGCCCUCAUGCACUACAAAGAGGCCAUCAGAAUCAGCCCUACGUUUGCUGAUGCCUACUCCAACAUGGGCAACACUCUGAAGGAGAUGCAGGAUAUCCAGGGAGCUCUACAGUGUUACACCAGAGCCAUCCAGAUCAACCCUGCCUUCGCUGACGCUCACUCUAACCUGGCCUCCAUACACAAGGACUCUGGUAACAUCCCAGAAGCCAUUGCGUCUUACCGUACUGCCCUGAAACUGAAGCCUGACUUCCCUGAUGCCUACUGCAACCUGGCACACUGCCUGCAGAUUGUGUGUGACUGGACAGACUAUGACGAUCGUAUGAAGAAGCUGGUGAGCAUCGUGGCUGACCAGUUGGAUAAGAACCGUCUGCCCUCGGUGCACCCCCACCACAGCAUGCUGUACCCCCUCUCUCACGGCUUCCGCAAGGCCAUCGCUGAGAGGCACGGCAACCUCUGUCUGGACAAGAUCAAUGCGCUCCACAAGCCGGCCUUUGAGUACCCCAAGGACCUGAAGGCCAGCGCAGGGCGUCUGAGGGUAGGAUAUGUCAGCUCUGACUUCGGGAACCACCCCACCUCCCACCUCAUGCAGUCCAUCCCCGGCAUGCACAGCUCUGAGAAGUUUGAGGUGUUCUGCUAUGCACUGAGCCCAGAUGACAACACCAACUUUAGGGUUAAAGUGGUGGCCGAGGCCAAUCACUUCACUGAUCUGUCACAGCUCCCGUGUAACGGUAAGGCAGCAGACAGGAUCCAUCAGGAUGGACUCCACAUCCUGGUCAAUAUGAACGGCUAUACCAAAGGAGCCCGCAACGAGCUGUUUGCCCUGCGCCCCGCUCCCAUCCAGUGUAUGUGGCUGGGCUACCCGGGAACCAGCGGAGCUCCUUUCAUGGACUACAUUGUGUCAGACAAGGAGACGUCCCCCUUCGAGGUGGCAGAGCAGUACUCUGAGAAACUAGCAUACAUGCCACACACCUUCUUCAUCGGAGACCACGCUAACAUGUUCCCCCACCUCAAGAAAAAGGCGGUGAUUGACUUCAAGUCAAACGGCCACAUCUUUGACAACCGCAUCGUUCUGAAUGGCAUCGACCUCAAGGCCUUCCUGGACAGCCUGCCUGACGUCAAGGUGGUCAAGAUGAGGUGUGCCAGUGGGGACAGUGGAGUAGCAGAAACUAACGGGGCUCUGUCCAUGCCUGUCAUCCCCAUGAACACAGCAGCUGAGGCCAUCAUCAACAUGAUCAACCAGGGACAGAUACAGGUCACCAUCAACGGAUUCACUGUCAGCAACGGACUGGCCACUACACAGAUCAACAACAAGGCGGCUACAGGAGAAGAGGUGCCUCGUACCAUCGUGGUAACAACCCGCUCCCAGUACGGCCUGCCUGAAGACUCCAUCGUCUACUGCAACUUCAACCAGCUCUACAAGAUCGACCCUCCCACCCUGCAGAUGUGGGCCAAUAUCCUGAAGCGUGUUCCCAACAGUGUUCUGUGGUUGCUGCGUUUCCCUGCGGUGGGCGAGCCCAACAUCCAGCAGUACGCCCAGAACUUCGGCCUGCCCGGCUCCCGCAUCAUCUUCUCUCCCGUGGCGCCCAAGGAGGAACACGUGAGACGGGGCCAGCUGGCCGACGUGUGUCUGGACACGCCCCUCUGUAACGGACACACCACCGGCAUGGACGUCCUCUGGGCCGGGACACCCAUGGUUACCAUGCCAGGUGAGACCCUGGCGUCGCGUGUGGCAGCCUCUCAGCUACAGUGUCUGGGCUGCCCCGAGCUCAUCGCCCACACCAGACAGGAAUAUGAGGACGUGGCUGUCAAACUGGGUUGUGACAUGGAAUAUCUGAAGAUGAUCCGGUCCCGUGUGUGGAAGCAGCGUAUCUGCAGCCCUCUGUUCAACACCAAGCAGUACACUAUGGAUCUGGAGAAGCUCUACCUGCAGAUGUGGGAGCGUCAUGCCAGCGGCAGCAAGCCAGACCACCUGGUCAAACUGCAGCCCGUCGAGAGCAGUGAGAGCGCCUGAAGUCCCAGACCCAGGGUGUGUCCCAAAUGGCACCCUAUUCUCUAUAUAGUACACUGCCUAUGACCGAGGCCCGAGACAUAGGUAGUGCACUACAAAAAGGAACAUGGUGCUUUAUGGGACGCGACCCCCCCCCCCCCCCUGAACCUGACGUCCCAUCAAUCGAUGCACGUCGCCCCCACCGUGACCUCUAACCCCCAGAACUCUUAACUCCAGUCCCUCCAGAGCAGCAGAAGCAUCUGGGCUUGAACUCUGACCCCCAAUCGCCCCUAAACCACCACUCUGCCCCUCCUGCCCAAAGCCUAGCGCCUAUCUGCUCCCCUUUAGCCCCCUUCAUCCCUGCCUCCCUCCCCUGUGACUUGGACUCUUGUCUGUUGUAGAGCCUGCAGGUGUGUCUCCCUCUACCCCCCUCCCUGCCAUUCACCUCCCUCGUCAUCAUAUCCCAUCCAUGUUGGUUUCCCUGAGCCAGAACCACUCUGCCCUUCACCUGAGACUCUUUCCCCCAAACCACAGCAUCCACACUGGGUACGAGAGGAGGGACACCCCUUCUCCAUCCCUCCCUCCCUCCAUACAGCGCCUAGAAGAGACCCCCCUUGGCCUUUUCACUUUCCUUCUGUGUGUGUAUAUGGGACUCGUUAGGGCCUUGAGGUUUGAGAGCCAGUCCCAAGCCUCCAUGUAAUAAUUGAAUAUGUAAUAAGAGGUUGAUGUUAUAAGAGUACAAAGGGACUGUGUUGCACCGCAGUUUGAAGAUCUAGUCACUCGUCUUGAACUAAAAACAUUGAAUCAGCUUAAACAUGUUAAAACAUUGUCUUUAGUUUGCAGCUGCUCUUGGUAACUCUGCCAGGAUUUGAGUAGAUAGUUUCAUUAUCAGAUUUCAGAGAGAAGGAUAACCACUUCCUUCCCCCACCACCCAAAUGCCAACUUAAGGAUUUUGUCAUGUGUCAAUGUAAGAAAACAAAAAAUAUUCUCGAUGGCUUUGUCCUCUUGUUCGAUGUCACGCACUAUGCUUGUUAAGACCAAACCUUGUGGAUAAAAUGAGGAGUUUCUGUACUACCCCAUUGGAAUGGCCCUGUUUUUCUUUCACCCUUCGUUAUGCUGCUCCUCUCCCCAUGCAAGGAUUGAUUUUUAUCACUCAAACCAGGAAUGGCCUAGGUAAGUAUUUUCUGAGCAGUUUUAGUUUUUGUACUCUUGCCUUUGUUUUAUUGAAGCUCUGUCUGGUAUGCUGCAAGGCUCUGACUCCAUGUCUGUUGAAAUAAAGAAACAAGGCCAACCUC